UUGAGUGCUAUCCACUCUCCAUGGGAGCAGCCCUGCCAUGGCCCAUUGCAGGCUAGGCUUUCUGCUGCUACUGACCGUCCACCCUGGAUCCUCGAAGGCUCAGCACUGGUCCCAUGGCUGGUACCCUGGAGGAAAACAAGCUUCCAGCUCAGCCCAGCACCCCCAGCAUGCCCCAAGGCUCCUAGGAAGGGCCCUGGGCACCGCAGCAAGCAGCCCAGACCAGACUGCCCUUGACUUCCCAAGCGAUCCCCUGGCUCCCCCCAAGAACAGUGUGGGGAGGGCAGAACCACAGGCUAGUGGCCUCCGCCGGAAGCAGCACCUGGUGCAGACACUGCUGGUCAAGAGGGGUGGGGGUGGACAAGGUCGCAGCCGGGCGGCCAGACCGGACGUAGAGCGCCGCGCCCUGUCGCCCUCCAAUAAAGAUGUGAAGUCCCUGACGCUGCUGCCUCGAGGUCUCUCCUCUGUCCCCUUAUUCGCCCACCCUCACUAA